AUGGCACGACGCAUUGAUGUUCAUCACCACUACAUCCCCCCGGCUUACCUACAAGCUCUUGAGAAAACGGGCGGGGAUCCUUCCGGAUGGCCGACACCUGCUUGGAGUAUUGACGCUGAUCAAAAGAUAUGCGGGGAUUGCGGCAUUGAAACAGCAAUCUUGUCUGUUACUGCUCCAGGCACUAGCAUUCUCAAAGGGGCUGAGUCUGCCCGUCUCGCCAGAGAUUGCAAUGAGUUUGGUAAGACUCUAAGAGACAAGUAUCCCAAGAACUAUGGUUUCUUUGCUGCGCUUCCGGAUAUCCUCGACACCGACAGGGCUUUAGAGGAAAUUCGAUACGCGUUCGACGAGCUCGAAGCCGACGGGGUAACUUUAUUUACUCGCUAUGGGGAUGCCAACUACUAUUUGGGCCAUCCGAAAAUCGAGCCUAUUUGGGAGGAGCUACAUAGGCGUGCGGCCGUGGUGUUUAUUCACCCUACCCAUCCAGUUGAUACCAACCUCGUCAACAAAAUGCUUCCUCAACCUAUGAUUGAUUACCCGCAUGAGACAACCCGCGCAGCAGUGGAUCUUAUUACCACCGAUACUGUCCGCAAGUAUCAUCGUUGCAAGAUAAUCUUGUCCCAUGCCGGUGGUAAUCUCCCGUGGUUAGCCAGGCGCCCGGCGAUUAUGUUACAAGACCUUGGUCUAUCUACUAUGACGCCAGAACAUUUUGUGGAGAAUGCGCGCAUGUUCUAUUUUGACUUGGCGCUGACAGACUCUACGUUUGCUUUGCCCCUGUUACAGAAGUUCGCUCCUCCUGAUCAUAUUCUAUUUGGAAGCGACUUCCCAUAUGCUCCUGAGGCGACGGUGAGACGUUUUAGCAGGGAAUUAGAUGAGGCUAAGCUGUCAAAGCAAGAUGAGGAUAAAACCAAUCGUGGAAACGCUCUCAAGCUAUUCCCUCGUCUUUCUUCCUAG